UUCUGUUUGAUACUUGACCCAAAUUUUCGUGAUUUAAAAUUACGAAUUCUAUGAAUAUCAGAAAUAGUAGGAAGAAUUGAAAAUAAAAGCAACAUGACUUUCCAAGAGGAGUUUCAAGCAGUUGUUCUAGCUGCUGGAAAGGGAUCUAGAAUGUCUGAAAUCACAGGAGGAAAACCAAAGUGUAUUUUACCAGUGGGGCCAAAACCUUUGGUUUGGUAUUGUUUGCAUAAUUUACAACUAGCAGGAUUUUCUGAAAUCAUUUUAGUGGUACUUGAAAAUCAAAGAGCAGAUAUACAGAGUGUUCUAGAAAAAACUGAUUUGGAAGUGAAGAUUGACUACUUUUGUAUCAAUGAUAAUGAAGAUAUGGGAACCGCAGAUAGUCUUAGGUUACUUCAUGACAAGUUGAGAUCAGACAUUCUGGUUAUGUCAUGUGAUUUUGUUUCAGAAGUGAAUCUGAAAGGUGUUUUCAAUAUCUUCAGAGCUCAUAAUGCAUCAGUGGCAUCAUUGUUAUUACAUCCUCAGAAUAAUGAAGGUAUUGUAGUUCCAGGUCCCAAAUCAAAGCAUAAACCAGAAAGAGAUCUGAUUGGUAUUGAUGAACAAACUAGCAGACUUGUAUUUUUGGCAUCUGCUAGUGACUUUGAAAGUGAAUUAGCUUUACCAUGCAGCCUCUUGAAGAAACACACAAAGCUCAAAAUAUUUAGCAACUUACUUGAUUCACAUGUAUAUCUUCUCAAAAACUGGGUUGUCAAAUAUCUGAAGAGUGAGGAAAACAUCACCUCUAUCAAAGGUGAGCUACUGCCACACAUCAUCAAAAAGCAACUUUCCAGAGCUCCAAAAUUGAGAGAAGCUAAAGAGUCCAUUCUGAAUAGUAGGGAUCCAGGUGAUAUUUACAGUUUUGCUAAGGAGGAUGAGUUAGAAUUGGCUAUCAGAGAUGCUUCUUCAUUCAAUGAUCAUGUUGGUGAUUUGAGACCUAGUUAUCAUGGAGAUGCAAUCAGAUGUUUUGCCUAUAUUGCCCCCAAGAACACUUUUGGGAUCAGAGUGAAUACUUUACCAGCUUAUUGGUCAAUUAAUGCCAAGGUAAUUGACAACUGGGAAAAAAUAUCCAAUUCCAAUGAGCUGAUUUUUAAAUCACCUAAAGCUGUGAUCUUAUCAACUCAGGUAGAUAAUAGGUGUAUCAUUUGGGAAGGAGCAAAAUUGAAUGAAAAAACAUCAUUCAAGAAUAGUAUCAUUGGGUCAAAUGUAGAAGUUAACAGCUUCAGUAGAGUGUUUAAUAGUGUCAUUAUGAACAAUGUCACCAUUAAAGAAAAGGUGGCAUUAGAGAACUGCAUAGUCUGUGAUGGAGCCACAAUAGAAAAUGGAUGUCAGUUGAAGGGUUGUUUGAUUGGAAGCCAUCAUAUUGUUUCAGAAGGAUCUGACCACUCUAAUGAAGUUCUGACAGAAUCAGAUAGGUUAAUGGAAUUUUGAAGUCGUUCUAUGUAUGUAAAUUAUUACCAUAAUGUUAAUCAGAAAUGUCUAAUGAUU